CCUCAUUCACUUCUCCUCGACCCGCCACUGCCGCCACCCUCUGAAUACGACCCUCUACUCUAUAAUCUGCCAUCUGCCGGAUAUUCUAUAAAUACAUACAUACCACAGUCGUUCCUAUAUAGGUUAUAGCGGGCUGGAAACAUCUAUCGCCAUAAUAUUCCUGCGACUUAAUAUCCCCCAAUUUGUUCAUUCUUUUUUUUGCGCCCCUCCAAUCCUCUGGGAGUCCUUCCGUUGCGACUUGCGGCUUCCCCAAUAUCCGGUCUUUCACCUUCCUUUAAUUUCCAGGCAUCUGCCGUUCAAUUCACCAUGGCCGAUGACCUUGACGCAGAACUCCUCGCUCUAGCGGGUGACUCCUCUGACGAGGAAUCUCCUGCUGUUAGGAAGGACAGAGUCCCCUCUCCGGCAUCUUCUUCUUCUUCCCAUUCACAACAUAAUUCGUCAGCUAUGGCGCGCAAAGGCACUGCUAGAGUCAUCAAGCGAAACCGACAGUCUCGGAGGCUGGAUGUGGAGGACGGUGAAUUAUCCGCCGCUGAGUCUCAUCACUCCCUCCAAUCUGCCAGCAUGUCUGAAUCAGAAUCAGAUUCGGAUGCCUCGCCUCCUGCCGACGACGACAGCCCAAUAUUUCCUUACGAGAAGCUAUAUUACUCUGCUAAGGAUAAAGAAGAAAUCAUGGCCAUGCCAGAGAUUCAGCGUGAACAGAUUCUUUCUGAGAGAGCCCAGGAGGUCGACCGUCAUAACCAGGAUCUUGCCCUUCGCCGUCUUCUGGCAUCCCGUGAACGGGAAGAAGCUCGGAGGGCGAAGAAGAAUAAACGCAAAGCGAGCGUGGCGGGACUGGAAGACGGUCAGCGGAAGAGCUCUCGUCAGAAGACUACGCUUGGAGGCCGUAAGGUCGGGGAGGCAUCAGGAGCGAUAGAGGCCUACAAGCGUCAACGUGAGCAGAAAGGUAGACGUGACGAGCGUCGUCUUCGAGAUUCGAAAACCAAGGAUCAACGACCUCUCUCAAGGGAUGAUGGCGUAUCCGAUGUCGAUGCAGAGGGUGAAAGCGAGGUUGAAUGGGAUGAUCGAGCGGAACGCUCGCCCUCUAUUCCCAAGGACGACCCCCCUGCUGAAUUACGAGAUAUCCAACGUGCACGUGUGGGCCGGAGUAACUUUGCACAGGUCUGCUUCUAUCCUGGAUUUGAUGAUGCGAUUUCUGGCUGUUUCGUUCGAGUCAAUAUCGGCCCGAAUAGGGAGACCGGUCAAAAUGAAUAUCGUCUCUGCCAGAUCAAGCGCUUUACCGAAGGGCGACCUUAUGCUAUGGAGGCCCCUAACGGCCGGUCAUUUGUCACAAACCAAUAUACGGUGCUUGCACAUGGGAAGGCAGAACGCGAAUUUCCUUUCAUAGCCUGUUCUGAUUCCGCUUUUACAGAGGCGGAAUUCAACCGGUACCGUCAAACAAUGGCGGUUGAGGACUGUAAAAUGGCAACAAAGUCGAUGCUUGCUGCGAAAGUUGGGGAUAUCAACCGGCUGCUCAAUCACCAAUUUACGAAGGAAGAGCUAGACGAAAAGCUACGCAAACAAGGAUCGUUAGACAGCAAGAUGAAGGUAUUUAAACGCAUGGAGCUGGAAAAAACCCUCAAAAUCGCCAAAGCUGCCGGAGAUGAUGACGAAGUGGAGAGGCUGCAAGUUAAACUCGCGGAAUUGUCCACACCCAAACUUGCGUUCGGCACUUCGCUGUCCAAGCCCCAGCAAGCGAAACGAACGGAGCAGGAGCGCCUUGCCGAGAUCAACUUACGGAACCAGAGGCUCAAUUAUGAAAAUGUCCGACGUGCUCAGUUGGAGGAGAAGAAAGCUAGUCGUAAGGCAGCGGUAGCGGUUGCUCGAGGAGAGGCUCCUCCAAUGGAUCCAUUCAUGCGUGUGAGGACUCGGGCCAAGACACACUAUGAUGUUAAUGGAACGAAGCCAGAAGACAAUCGCAGCCGGAACGGAACACCGAUAACUACAACUGACUCGGAGAACACGAUCACACCUAGGAGGAGUGCUACGCCGUUGAGCGCUGCGAAGAAGCAGUCGAAGGGCAUUGCUGUGAUUCGUCAUCGGAAUAUGGAUGAUGAGAACAUUGCAGCUCUUGAUUUGGAUAUUGAUAUCGACAUCUGAUCUAAAAAGUCUUCACGUUGAUCGAGUUGCACUAGAAUCUACGGGCGCGCCAGCGAAGUGAUUUGCUAUGGUUUCCUCUCUUUCAUGCUGGAAUAGGGUGAGGUGUCGGUAUUGGGCAAAAUGCCGCUUGCUAUUCUUCAUACUGAAUUAUUAAAUGACGAGAUAGAGGGCAAGGAGUUAAUGCGUGUACGUAGACCGCAGUCUUCAAAUGGAAGGAUUGCCAAUGGCCUUGCAGAGGUACAGUAAUCUCAAGCUGUCGCCGGCAGCUUUUUAAUCUCUGGAGCAGCAUAUGUCUCUCUCUUCCUCGUGGCUACACUGCGUACAGCGUAGGUGUCCUCAUCUAAACCGCGCUGUACGACAGGAGAGGAGGCAGGUUUCCGCGACUUGAUUCUUGAUCGCUCUCUGUCUGGGUCGUUUGAGAAUGUCAAGGACUGCGUGCUUCCUAGACCACGUGACACAGUGUUGCCAACUUACGAUCUCAUUAUUCUCACCAUUCUCUGCGUUCUUCAAUAUUUUGGAAUAUCC